CAGAGGCAGAGAAACAAACAAUAUUUCUGACUCAUUUGUAUCCACGGCGUAUGAUUAUACAAUUAGGAGUAUUAUAUUUCACCAGUUAUUAUUAUUAUUAUUAUCAUCAUCACUGGUAUCGUUAUCAUAGUUGAUUCAUAAACGUCCGAUCUAAUUACAACUAUCAUCAUUAAACUAAUUACAGUGAAAAAGAGAGUAGCAAUAAAAGCGUAAAUAGAAUGUUCUUUUAGCCCUUCAAACAACGGAACUAAUUAAUUUUUCGAAUUAACUUAAGGUGUGUAUUCACUCUACUCAACACCAUUAGCUACCAAGAAAAACAUAUUUCUUACCUGUCUGAGAAAUCGUUACAGAAAGGUCAUAUAUCAGUUAAGUGGAUAGUGUUUAUUGAAUACAUGUGAAUAACUGAGUACGCUACACAAAUAGAAAUUCAAUCAUUUUUGAAUAGUGGAACUGUAAAGGAAUAUAUAUUUUUCAAAAAGUAACGAAGCAGUUGGCGACUGGAUAAUUUGAUGAUCAGUGAAUCCUCAGCUGAAUAAGAAUUAUAAAUUCACUCGGUACGGAGGUGUUGAAGACAGUGGUUUCUUACCUAAAUAUCAGGAUAUUAAUCAAUAUUAUUCAUUGUUCUGUGUAAAUAACUUUUCAUCACCUUCUUUUCCAUCAUCAAUCUUUUGAAUAAAUUAUGUUCCCCGUGGAUAAUCGUCUUGGCUUCAAUUCUGCAUUUGACAAUCUAUUUCCACGUUCAUUAGGUUCUUACACACCAAAUUCAUCAAAUACAGAUAUAUUAAGAUCUGAAUGGAACAACAAUUUUCAACAAAAUACUCGUUCUACUAACAGUACUAUCAAUCAUAACUUUGGUAGUAAUCCACAACAUCCUAAUUCAAAUAUACAUUCAAAUAAUCAGGUGAAUAUACGCCAACAAUCACCAUCUACACCUAAUGAAUUUUUCAAUACAACAUUAUCUGUUUCAUCGCCUAGAGCUAGCGCUUUAGCUGCAGCUUUUUUUUCUAAUUCAUUUUGUGAUACAAUUCAAACAAAUUCACAAAAUUAUCAAAUUCCUAAUGGAUUUUCAAAUUGUUUUAAUGCAUCUAUGAACAAUGUGACUAAUCGUUGUAAUGAUAUUAAUAGUAAUGCAAAUGAUAAUAAUCCUGAAAAUAUGAAGAUGAACACUUUCAAAUCACGUUCAGAAUUCAAUCAUUUUGAUACAGGAUUGAAUGUUUCACAUCCUACAGAUAUGUUAUCAACUGGUUCAAUUCACCCUCCUAUUUCUGAAAUAAGUAAUAGUAACAGGACAAUGUUACGUAAUACCAAUAGUACCCUUGAACCUGGAAACUUACCACAUGACCAUUUACAUUCCUCUACUGACAAUAAUAUUAGUGGCAUACAAUCACAUUAUAACAGGCAUUUACCAUCACAUCAGACAUGUGAUAUGGGUGCAUUUCAUCCUUUGGUUCCAAAUUAUUCAUCAUUCAACUUACUGAAUUCAUCAAUGCGACAUCCUUUAAGACAGCCCACUUCAGACAUAAUCAAUUCUGAGAAUCAGCGUAUGGACAUGAUGAAUCCUUUUUUAGAUUUUCGUAAUUCUGUUGCCACAUCACUUAAUAAUACUUCUUGCAUUACAAACGUGAGUACAAAUACUUCUGUUAAUCCUGUUUGUAAUCAAACGGUCGAUGAGAAUUUCAAGUCAACGUACAGACAUUUUACAAGUACAACAGCAGCUGCAGUGGCCGCCGCUGCGGCAGUUGAAGCUGCAUCCAUAGGCAGUGUGAAUAGUAGCGUUAAUAAUAACACUAAUAUCAGAAUAACAUCACCUGUAAUGAUGAAACAUAUGGAGCAGAGUAUGACAGUUACAUCGUCAAACAAUGCAGCAGUCGCUGUGGCAGCCAUUGCUGCGGCAGCAGCCGCUACUAAUUAUAUGGUCGCUAACACAGGAAUGUCCAAUUUUGGUGUAUCACCCAACUUAAAUCUUAGUCGACACAAUAGAGAAUUAUGUUUAGAUGGUAGUGAUAUGAUAUCACCGUCUUCAACGCCAUGUGGACACUUGAAUAAAGGCAAUAGCGAUCAUCAGAUGGAGAAUAACAGAAACAAUACAAAUCAUGCUAACAAUACUACUGGUUGUAAUGAAAAUAAUGUCAGAUCAUCAUUAUCUCCAACACACAUAUGGCCAUGGAUGACUGUAGUCGGACCGAAUUCUGUUCAGCGUCGUCGUGGUCGUCAAACAUACAGUCGGUACCAAACCUUAGAAUUGGAAAAAGAGUUUCAGUACAGCCAUUAUCUAACACGAAGACGAAGAAUAGAAAUAGCUCAUAAUCUUUGUUUAACUGAACGUCAGAUCAAAAUUUGGUUUCAGAAUAGACGAAUGAAAUUGAAAAAGGAACGUCAACAAAUCAAAGAACUGAAUGAUGAGUCAACCCGUCAGACAACCGCAGAUCCUGUACACCAUAAUCGACGCCAAAUGGACUCAUCCCACCAAUAUUUUGGAAUGAUGAAUAUGAAUAAUAGUAGCGGUUAUUAUUCAACAAAUUCGAAUUCAGGGAUUUUAGACUUGAAAGAUGACUGUCAACUUGACUGUAAGCCAGUAUCUAUACACAAAAAGUCGGGUUUAAUCCCAAAAUUACUGAACAGUAAUAUGCAAUCAGAGUCUAUGAUAUCAGGUGGAUUCCCAUCAUCAUUAAACAGAGGACUUCAAUCAAGUAUGAGUUAUCCCGGUGGUCAGGAUACACUUGGGCAUGGUAAUUCAGAGGACUGUGAACAAAUGGAUAGUGAUGAUGACGAUGAAGAUGAUGAUUUCUGUGAAUCUGAUGAGAUUCAAGUACCUAAAGUUUCAAAACUAGCUCAUGAAUUCAUAAAUCCUCAUCUUAUUAGGACAAAUUUACUUCGCGACAAAUAAUUUCACUUGGAAUUCGAGUGUCUUGAAGGUAGAUCUCACAUUAUCAACAUUACAAACUGCAGCAGUGAAUUAGCAAACAUGACAUUAUUUUGUGGUUUAACUGUAAUAAUCUAAAUUCUAGGUUGCCUAGUGUUUCUCCCUAUCCUCCUUCAAUGUAUGUUCUAAUCUACAAAACAAUUUUUCCCAGGAAUUAAUUUUACCUAAGUCAACUAUUAAGCUCCUUUUACAUAUUCAUAUAUACACAAUUCAAGUGCUUAUAAGUCUUAUAAACCAAGUACAGUAUUUUGAACAUUUAGUUCUUUGUAACAAGACCUUUACCUAUCCUCCCAUCUACAAAACACUACUUUUUAAAUUCAGUAGUAUUCAUGAAUGAGUUUUUUGUUUUGUUGAUACAUAAACAAAUAAACUGCUUUGUG